GAUGUGUUAUAUAUUGACACACCGGGACGAUCACAAUGCAGAAGAAAACUGGGACAAAACUGUAUCUACGAACAAAGCCUUGCAGUACACGAAGGGCUGGGAUGCGUUCUUGGUUGAGCUCGUCAAAGUAACUCCGAACAACCGCUGCACUGACUGAAAAUUGCCCUGGCGUAAUCCUUAACCGAAGUGGAUUUCUGGCGCCCGAGUUGUCCAACUUGGCGACGCUGCACAUUCCUUCUUGCUGAACUCGGGGAGCGGGGCAGCAAUGG